CAUAAUGUUACUGUCUUUUUCUCCAGCUGUUGAUCAUCAAAAUGGCAUCUCUUGAGGAUUGGGCAUGCGCUGAACUGGACAAGCUUGGUAUUCCCGAUGCAGGGGACAUCGUGCGCUACCUCCAGCCCAUUGACGACCCUGCAGAAGUGGAGGACUACUUGGCCUCGAUGUUGGACAAGGGGAAUAGUUCACACCAGAAAUUCAUCAAAGAAUUCUUGAGAAAGCAAGAGGAAGACAAGUCGGCCAUUGAUUCCAGGUUCUACCGCAAGUCCAAUAUGGAAGAAGAUUUUGGAUAUAAGAUUAAUGAGGGGAAAAAGAAGCAGAAGAAUAAUAAGGAGAAUGGUGGGGGUGGGAAUAGUAACAAAGAUAAUUCGUCUAACUCUAAUUCUAAAUCUGUACCUGCUCCAUCAUCAGCAUCAUCAGUGGGAAAGAAAAAAUCAAAGUUUGUGUCAUUGUACUCGGAUGAAGGGCAAAAUAGGGAUGUUAUCCUUUUACAAGGCAGACAUAGAUGUGACUGCCAAGCAAGCAAGCAUAAACUGAUCAACAACUGCCUGAAGUGUGGCCGCAUAAUCUGUGAACAAGAGGGAUCAGGUCCAUGCCCAUUUUGUGGCAAUCUUGUGACAACAAGGGAGGAAAAGGAGAUUCUGAAUAGAGGUUCACGAAAGUCAGAGGCACUUCAGAAAAAAUUGCUUAGUGAUAGAAAUGCUGUUGUCAAGGGACAGUCAUCAGAUCAUCAAAAAGCCAUAGAUCAUAAAAAUCGCUUGCUGGAAUUUGAUCGCACAAGUGAAAAAAGAACAAAGGUUUAUGAUGACGAGAAUGAUUAUUUCAGUUUAAAUUCUAAAUGGCUCAAUCAAGAGGAUAAAAUGAAACUUCAGAAGAGAGAAGAAGAAUUAAGGAGUAAACGGUUUGACAGAAGAAACCAAAAGGUGACAAUCGACUUAUUUGGCCGGAAGAUUGUUGCUGAGAAAAAUAAUGCAGGUCUGUAUGACCCAGACGAUCCAGUGGUAAAGGAGAUUCUUGAAGGUCGAACACAAGACAUAUUUUCUGCCCCGGACAGGGAAGAAUCGGGACCAAAAAUUGAAGUGAGUCGGCCAGAAUACACCACCACUGGUAUCACUGGGAACAAGAAACAGAAAGGUGGCAAGUUCCAAGCUGCUGGUAACAGUAUGCGUGUGCAAGACCGAGAGCUUUUAGAGAUGACUGACGAGGGUCAGUGCCUGAGUAUGCACCAGCCAUGGGCAUCCCUCUUGGUGGCAGGAAUCAAAGUCCAUGAAGGACGCAUGUGGUACUCCUCCCACAGGGGAAGGUUAUGGAUUGCCGCUGCAGCCAAGGUCCCAGCGCCUGAGGAAAUCCAGCAGUUAGAGCAUAUGUACCGCGUUCUCCUAAAGGACGAAUAUUUACAAUUUCCCAAGCAUUAUCCAACGGGAUGCCUAUUAGGGUGUGUUGACGUUGUUGAUGUGCUUCCACAAGAAGAAUAUCGUACACAGUUUCCAGAAGGGGAGAGUGAUAGUCCAUAUGUAUUUAUUUGUGAGAAUCCACAAGAAAUGAUCUUGAAAUUCCCCAUAAAAGGAGACCACAAAAUAUACAAACUAGACCCAAAGAUUCAUCAAGCAGCAAAGAAAGCCCUUCGACCUAGAGAAGAAUAGAUUUCAGUAAUAAGUAUUAUUGGUUAUAAUUUUUUUUUUUUUUUCAUGAAUGAAUUAAUGUUUUGUUAUAAAUAUUUUUGUUGUUAUUAGUAUACUCUUUGUAUUACCAUUAUUAGUAGUGUUCAUUUACUAGUAUUAUU